AGAUAAACAAGGGAAGGACAAAACUUUAGAGCACAUAAAUUUCUAGGGCACAAAACUGAAUCAGACAGAGAAAGGGAGCUCACAAAAAGUUAAGAGAUGGGAGUUACAAAGGAACAAGUUGAGUCUACUCUAAAGUCAAAAUUGAAUCCUUCACAUCUUGAAGUGGUUGAUACAUCUGGAGGUUGUGGUGCAAGUUUUGCUAUUGAGAUUGUCUCAGAACAAUUUGAGGGGAAGAGGCUGCUGGAGAGGCAUCGACUUGUCAAUGCUGCUCUGGUAGAGGAGAUGAAAGAGAUCCAUGCCCUCUCAAUAAAGAAAGCUGUGACCCCUGCGCAGUGGAAACAACAGCAAGAGACCCAGCAAUCUACAUCUGCUGCAUAAGAUAAUGCUUUCAAAAUAUUUAUUGGAACUCACGUGUAUUUGGUAGCCGAUGAGCGACCUGAGUGUGGGAAGAAGGAUAAAAAUGCUUUUUAAUGGAAGUAUGUAUAUUAAGAUACUAAGAUAAUAAGUAUGUAUAUUUUGAGAAUUUUAUAAUAGAGUGUGGUAGCAUUUUUUU